CUCGGGAGUCGGACACGAGGAACCGCCGCCUAGACUGGUUCCAGCGCCCGGAGGCUGGGCCCCAGCCUGCGCGGAGAGCGAACUGGAGCCCGAAACGGGCGCCUAAAAGAAGCCCGAGCAUCGCUUGGGCCUGCUCCUCUGGCUCGGAGACGUCGGGUGGAGACCGAGCAUAGUAUUCUUCCCGCGCCGCCGGCGUCCUUAGCUCGCCCGGGCCGCCUCCUAAACGCUCCGUCCUUAUAAUACACCAACAGGUCCUACCAGUUACGAGCUGGUGUUGUUUACAUGCAUUCUCAUAAUUAAACUUCCCAACAGCCCUAUAAGGUAGGUACCAUUGUCCUCCCCGAUUGAGGGACUGAAGCUUGGACAGGUCCCAGCCUAAGUGACAAAGCCAGGAUCCCAGGCGUUUGCCUCUGGCGCAUUUGCUCAGCUAUUGCAUUCCCGUCCCUUCUCUCCUGGCUUUUGCUCUUAACGAUGUAAAAUGGAAUGAUUCAAUCCUCUGCCUCCCUGGACACCGGCACCUACCAUGGACGGGCAUAGGCGGUGGCCAGGUACAAGUUGGAUUGUGUUUGGUUUGGGGUUUUCGGUUUACAACUGCACUUUAGUGUUGUCACUGCUGAAAUAGAUGUUUUAGCCUUUCUCAGGUAUUUCUGUUAGGUUAAUGUUCACUUGUAACUGACAGUUUUUUCUCUAAAUUGUGAUGCUUUUUCGUAUCUACCCUUCAUAAAUUUGCAAAACAUUUUACUCUGUUACAUCUGGUCUUUCAUUCUGCAUCUUCAGAUAGCUUUCAACAAACUCUCAAAAUAAUCAUUCUAAAAACUAAUUAUGUCUAUCUUAAUAAGUAAACCUUUUUGUUUAUUUUACUGUUUAUUAUGGAAAAUUUCCAGCAUACAUAGAGUGAGAAUGGUGUAAUGAUGUGUACCCAUCAUCCAGCUUUAGCAGUUACCAACUCAAGGCCAGUCCUGUUCUGUUUCCACCCGUGUGGGUGUGUGUGUGUGUGUGUGUGUGCGCUGAAGUACUGUAUUUCAAAGGAAAUCCCAGACAUCAUUUCACUUGUAAAUAACUAAGUCUGUAUCUCUAACAAAUGAAGACUUUUUUAAACACAACCAUACCAUUAUCACAGUUUCAGUUAACAAUAAUUCCUUAAUAAGAUGAUGCUUUUUUAAUGUUUACAUAUUUUAGGAUAUUGUGAUUGCUAAAUACCACAAAGGAGCAAGUGAAAAUUGUGAGUUUCUAAAACACAAGAAAGCCUCUUGGGCGCAAAAAAUCUGCGACACCUCUGGAAUACUACGUGAGAAUUUUGGGGUGCCAUGUCGAAGAAACGCAAAUGGGACGAUGACUAUGUUCGUUACUGGUUCACCUGUACAACGGAGGUUGAUGGAACUCAGCGCCCACAGUGUGUAUUGUGUAACUCUGUGUUUUCAAACGCUGACCUCCGACCAUCAAAGCUGUCUGACCAUUUUAACAGACAGCAUGGUGGUGUAGGUGGGCACGAUCUCAAUAGCCUGAAACAUGUGCCAACACCAUCUGAUCAGAGUGAAACCCUGAAAGCAUUUGGAGUUGCAUCUCAGGAGGAUACCUUACUACAGGCAUCAUAUCAGUUUGCGUAUUUAUGUGCCAAGGAGAAGAAUCCUCAUACAAUAGCUGAAAAAUUAGUGAAACCUUGUGCACUAGAAAUAGCACAAAUAGUUUUGGGACCAGAUGCACAAAAGAAGCUUCAGCAGGUAUCCUUAUCAGAUGAUGUGAUCCAUUCUAGAAUUGAUGAAAUGAGCCAGGAUAUCUUACAGCAAGUUCUAGAAGAUAUCAAAGCCAGUCCUCUUAAAGUGGGUAUUCAGCUUGCUGAGACAACAGACAUGGAUGACUGCAGUCAGCUAAUGGCAUUUGUGCGAUACAUAAAGGAAAGAGAGAUCGUAGAAGAAUUCCUGUUCUGUGAACCACUGCAGUUAACACUGAAGGGAAAAGAUGUGUUCAGUCUGUUCAGAGACUUCUUUUUGAAGCAUAAGAUAGCACUCGAUGUAUGUGGCUCUGUUUGUACUGAUGGUGCCUCUUCUAUCCUAGGAGAAAAUUCAGAAUUUGUUUCCUGUAUGAAAAAAGAGGUACCUCAUAUCGUGAUCACACAUUGUUUGUUGAACCCUCAUGAACUUGUCACAAAGACAUUGCCUAAAAAACUGAGGGAUGCUCUUUUUACUGUGGUGAGGGUAAUAAAUUUUAUCAAAGGGCGAGCUCCAAAUCAUCGCCUGUUUCAGGCUUUUUUUGAAGAAAUUGGAAUAGAGUAUAGUGUUCUCCUUUUCCAUACUGAAAUGAGGUGGCUUUCCCGAGGCCAAAUACUUACUCAUAUUUUUGAAAUGUAUGAAGAAAUAAAUCAGUUUCUUCACCACCAAAGCAGCAAUUUAGUUGAUGGCUUUGAAAACAAAGAGUUAAAAAUUCACCUAGCAUAUCUUGCAGAUUUAUUCAAACACCUAAAUGAACUUAGUGCAUCUAUGCAAAGGACUGGAAUGAACACAGUAUCAGCUAGAGAGAAAUUGUCUGCUUUUGUUAGGAAGUUUCCAUUUUGGCUAAAGCGAAUUGAGAAAGGAAAUUUCACCAACUUUCCUUUUCUUGAAGAAAUUGUUGUUUCAGAUAAUGAAGCAUUAUGCAUUGCAGCUGAAAUAACAGUGCACCUGCAACAGUUGAGCAACUUCUUCCACGGAUAUUUCUCUGUUGGAGAUCUUGAUGAGGCAAGUAAAUGGAUACUGGAUCCAUUUCUUUUUAAUUUGGACUUUGUCGAUGAUGGCUAUUUAAUGAAAAAUGAUCUUGCUGAAUUACGAGCUAGUGGCCAAAUCCUAAUGGAAUUUGAGACAAUGAAGCUUGAGGAUUUCUGGUGUGCUCAAUUCACAGCAUUUCCAAGGCUAGCAAAGACAGCUCUAAAAAUCCUUAUACCAUUUGCAACUACAUAUCUUUGUGAGUUGGGAUUUUCAUCACUUUUGCAUUUUAAAACAAAGUCCAGAAGCUACUUGAAUAUGAGUGAUGACAUCCGUGUGGCUAUUUCAAAAAAAGUUCCUCGUUUCUCAGACAUCAUUGAACAAAAACUACAGCUACAAAAGUCACUGUAAGCUGAUAGACUUUUUUAAUGUAUAAUUUUUAAUAUAUUCUUAAUUCCAUUGUAAAAUUAAGUUAUAAUUCUGUCUCUUUUAUAUUUAUGAUAUACCAAAUCCUUUAAAAGUUUAGCAUUUUUAACUUUUAAUUUUCACAUGAGACGUGAAAAUAUGUUUUGAGAAUAAAAGCACAAGCAGCAGAAAAGAUUAAGUGCUGCUGAUACAUAGGAUUCUUCUAAGUAUCUGUUUAACCUUUUGAUGUGAUACAUAAAAAAAGACACUCGAGCACUAGAAUAUCCAAGCUAAAUGGUACAAUAGGCUACAAAUAGAGCCAAGAGAAAAAGACCUCCCAGAACAUGCAUCUCAUGUUAAAAGUCAAAGGAUGAAAUGACAGACUGAGUCCUCCCAUGUCCUUGAGAGUUGUUUUGGGGAGCUUAAUGAAAUCAGAAGAGGAUUAUGAAAUGUUAUAGUGAGAGAAGGGAUGAUCCUAGUUAAUGUAAGAUUUAUUUUUAAAUGUAUUCUUUGGAGUUAGUCUCACAAUGUCCAUUCCUCUUAGUUCCUAUGCUCUAAAUUCCAUGACAUUAAUAAACAUCCUAAUAUCCUG